AUGCCGUUGACUGCUUCGAUUCCCGAGGAUCAAACUCAGCCUUCUUCCCUAUCUACCUUCGCUCCAGGCCGUUUCGCCAAACUUCCCUUCAUUUCGGGUGCGAACUUGGAUGAGGGUACAGAGCAACGCUUGCUGCGUCUGCCUUGGAAUUCACAGUCUCAAAUUAGGAAUUAUAUAGCGGCCGCCUUGGAUCGAUUCCUGCUACUCUAUCUUGACGAUCCCGUACUGGGAUCCUCGUAUGGUACUGGCUACCAAACCUUGGGCAUCCGUCAGGCUUGA